AUGAACGAGACAGGUGAGGUUAUACAGUCCGUCUUGAUUGGCCUCGUUGUCGCCAGUUUCUUUCUCAAAACCUGUCGAGUUCUACAGAUCAUUGGAUUUUGUAAGAAAUGCUUGGUUUGCAAACACAACAGAGGAAUCAUACACAGAAUCCUCAUAUGGUCCAAAGCUCUGCAUCUGGCCAUGUUCGAUAUCUAUUGUUUAAUCUCUGAGGACUCGAGUGCUAUAGAAUAUGGAAAGAGGCUUCUUCACACCCUUCAUAGCUAUGACGAGAAAUCUUUAGAAUGUAACCUACUCCUAACACUAGCCGUUCUCUGUGAAAACCAUGGGAAACUAGUUGAUGCAGAGGAACUCUUUCAAAAGGCAGCAGAAAUCAAUACGGAAAUAGGCAACAGUAGCGAAGAAGCCUUUUGCUACGAGAAACUGGGGAUUGUCUGUGAUUCUCUUGGUAAAACCGUCAAAGCGACGGAAUCGUUCGAGAAUGCUCUGAAGGUCAGAAUACAAGUGGGUGACAAAACUGGACAAGCCAGAAAUUACUCCAACCUUGGGGCCAUGUUUCAGUCUCUUGGUAAAUACACGAAGGCGAAAGAGUAUCUCGAAAAAGCAAUUUCUAUCACAAAAGAAUCAGGCGACAGGGAUCUAGAAGCGAGUUCUCAUGGAAACCUAGGGACAGUGUUGGAGAGAACUGGUGAAUAUAACAAGGCAAAAGAGCAUCACGAAAAGUCACUCGCAAUUAAGCAAGAAAUUGGUGAUCAAAAAGGUAAAGCCCCGACUUAUGUGAACCUGGGCAUUGUUUUUCUAUCUCUUGGCGAGUAUGCCAGAGCUAAAGAAUAUUUUGUUAAGGCUCUUAUGAUGUAUCAAGAAGCUGGUGAAAGAGUGGGAGAAGCAGUAUGUCACGGAAACAUUGGAAUAGUUUUACAGCGUCUUGGUCAAUAUCUAGAGGCAAAGAAUUCUCACGAAAAAUGCCUGAAAAUCAGGCACGAGAUUGGUAACAAGGAUGGAAAGGCAUCAUCUUAUUGCAACCUAGGAACUGUCUUUCUCGAUUUAGGUGAAUAUACCGAGGCUAGGGGUUAUUUUGAAAGGGCGAUUGAAAUCGGAAUAAAAACUGGUGACAAAUUGGUUGAAGCGAAAUCUUAUGGAAAUCUAGGAAAUGUGUUCCAGCAUCUUAGCAAAUAUCGUAAGGCACAAGAUUAUUACCAGAAAGCACUUUUCAUAGAACAAGAAAUUGGACACAAAAAAGGAGAGGCAGCAUGUUAUGGAAAUCAAGGCAAUUUGUUUCAACGUUAUGGUGACUAUGCAAAGGCUAGAGAUUAUUACGAAAAAGCGAUUAGAAUCCAACAAGAAAUUGGUGACAUCAAUGGUGAGGCUACAUCUUACGAUGGUUUAGGAACUGUGUAUCAAAUUCUGGGUGAUUAUAGCAAGGCAAAAGAUUAUUACGAAAAAGCUGUGGCAAUCAUACGAAAACUCGGGAACAGAAGAGGUGAAGCCUCGUUUCACUUGAACAGUGGAACUUUGCUCCAAUUCCAAGGUGAGUAUUUCAAGGCAAAGGAUCACUACGAAAAAGCACUUGCAAUCGCCCAAGAAAUCGGCGCAAGGAAAGAAGAGGCAUUAUGUAAAGGAAACCUAGGAACUGUAUUUAAUCAUUUGGGUGAAUAUGUAAAAGCGAAGGAUUACUACGAGAAAGCACUAACAAUCCAUAAAAAAAUGGGUAAUAGAGGAGGUGAAGCUUCUUGCUAUGGGAACCUCGGCGCUUUGUUUCUCUCUCUUGGAGAAUAUGUCGAGGCACGACAUUAUUUCGAAAAAGACGUGGGGAUAAGAAGAGAAAUUGGAGACAAAAGAGCGGAGGUCACGUCGUACAUAAAUGUCGGAAAUGUGUUUUUCAGUCUUGGAAAAUACAAGAAGGCUGACGAAAAUUUUCAAAAAGCGCUUUCAACUUCAAAACUACUUAGUUACAGACAGGGAGAAGCAGGAUCUUACAGUAUGAUUGGAAGCAUUCAUCGCGUUAUUGGCGACCACCAAAUGGCCAAAGAAUACUUCGAGAAGGCUGUAUCAAUCAGUGAAGAAUUCGGGGACAAGAAAGGAUUGGCAAGAGAUUAUGAACACCUGGGAAGUUUAUGCAUCUCCCUUAGUCAAAACGUCAAAGCCAAAGAAUAUUUUGAGAAGGCACUUGCCAUCAGCAGAGAGAUUCGUGACAGCAAAAAAGAGUUCUUGAUUCUUUGCAGACUUACAAACGUUUCAAUUUUGGAAGGAGCUGUUUUAGACGCAUUUGCAUGUCUCUUUACAAACAUUCAGAAUUGCGAAGAAUUGCGUGGUGUCGUUGGGGACAGUGAUCAAUUUAAGAUAUGUUUUGCACAACAGCGUGUUUUCCCGUACUGGAUUCUCAGUAAAAUGUUUCGCUUGAUGGAAGACUAUAAUCAGGCACUCUGCGUAUUAGAGCUCGGGAGAGCCCGGGCCCUAACCGACACACUGUCAGCCAAGUAUUCAUUAGCAAACCAAGUGUCCAUUGAUUUCCAAUCCUGGACCGACAUUGAAAAUUUAAUGGAUAAACAGAGGAAAAGCACCUGCCUCUACAUCUCGUAUACACCUCGAAAUUUGGUUCUGUGGAUUUUAAAGAGAAACGGUGUCUUCAAAAUCCACGAAAGAGAAUUCAUUGAUGUAAUGCAGGGCGGAUUAUUGAGAACGUGGGAUGAAUUUUUUGCUGAAAGCUUUCGACAGUUUGGCGUUUUGUCCCAAGGAAGUCAUCAAGAUCGCUAUUCGUAUGAGAAUCAAACGAAAGAUUUGUCAACCGAGGGAGGUAAUUUCGCUUCUUUUCGACCAAUAGAGGAAGACGAAGACCAGGAACCUGACCCAAAGCUACGUUUGUAUUAUGACAUGAUCAUUGCUCCUAUUGCUGACUUCCUUGAAGAGCCCAACAUCAUCAUCGUUCCAGAUCGUCAGUUGUAUCGGGUGCCAUUUGCAGCUUUACAGGCAAAGAAUGGGAAAUUUUUAUCCGAGAUGUUUAGGAUUCGCUUCGUACCAUCGUUGACGACUCUUAAACUCAUUCAGGACAGUCCAGAUGAUUACCACAGUCAAACCGGUGCAUUGAUUGUUGGUGAUCCUGAAGUUGGUGAAGUCAUUUAUAAGGGUCGCCGCAAAGUAAUACCACCAUUGCCUUGUGCUCGAAGGGAAGCAGAGAUGAUUGGGCGACUGCUGAACAUCGAGCCUUGA